UUGCAUGUUUCUGUAAUAUUACUCGCUGUGCCUUCUGGAGAAUCAGGGCAGGGAGAACUUCAGCAGUUCGGGGCACUCUAUCGAGACAGUUCCAUGCUGAGGGCAAGCAUCUCCUAUUUUUUCACAAAAGUGUAGAUCUACGUGUAGAAUUUGGAAACGAAGGCACUCCACGGUCAUAAAAGGCUGGCCGGUGAAACGCGUGAGGGUAGUGUAGGCAGCUGGACUGCAUGGAUUACUCUGCCGGCCGUAUCCGGUCAAAUCGCUAAGGACUUGCCUCAUGCCGGUAACUCUGAACCUGCCUGAACUUUGAGCGUGCUGAAGAGGGAGCCGAGUAUGGACGGCAAUCGCUUGUGUUGAGUUUCUCCUUGCCUUUCUCGAACCCUCAGCUGAGCUGCCUGCUGUAUCUACAGUUUCUGAAGCCGUGAAGGGUUCGACAGUGGAUCAUCACUGUACGUGUACGUGAUUAUCAAGUGAGCAGGCGCAUGCACAGACUCAGUACACAGACUCAGUGAAUAGAGGCUGACCGGAACGUGUUGUCGAAUACUUGUGCGGUUCCACUGUCCAGUGAGCGGUCUUGCCAUCCACAAUUGGCACAAAACUGGCCGUUAGCUAUCAUUCGGCCACCAUGAUGAGAGCAACGGGAAUUCGAUGACCGGCUUACUACUUCAAAGUACAAAAGUGCAUAGCACCGGACAAUGGCAAGUGCAAAGACUAUCUGCGAGUGCCUGGUAAUCGCGCUGCUCGCCGGAGUUCACCUUGCAGGCGCGACACACUUUCGCGGCGGUCUCAUAUCCUGCCAUCCUGUGCUGGACAACACUGACGGUGGCAUGGACAGCUCUGGCAGUGUACACCUUGAAUGCCAGUUUCGCAUAGGGUGGCGUUUGGAUUACUCUGCGGGAUCAGUGUGCAACUUGACGUUACGGGCAAAUCAGGAGCUGUUGAAUGGACCGGGAUCUAAGUUCAGGCUAAGGUGCUAUUCCGGCUGUACAAGGCGUCCCACUGUUGACUAUCUGAAGUUUUACUGCACGGAGUUCAGUGACUCGGAGCUCUGGACGCAGGGAGCCAAUACAUUUCGGUACACUCUCUCCGGCUCUAACCAGAUUUUCACUGCUGCCCUGCUGUUGCAAGCGUAUUAACACCGUGGACAAUGCGGACGUAUGCGACGAGUUUGGUGCGUGCUCGUGCAAAGAGGGAGCGACUGGCAGCAAGUGUGGGGCUUGCCUAGAAGGCUACAAUCUGAACCCACAAACUGGAUGUGAACCCAUUGUAAUCGAGCAACAAACAACGCCGACAGAGACACCGUAUUACAUACCCAUAGUCAUAGCACUUGUGCUGCUCCUGGUGCUGGCUAUAGUGAUCAUUUUCUUGCAAGAUCGGAAGAACAGACGCAGAAAGGCCAUGAUGGUCUCGCCGGAUGAUGACCUGCACAGCGAAACCUCAUCCGAGGAUUUGAGCAUGCGAGAGCAGCUAAUCGCCCGGGAGAGCAGCCACACGCCGUCAGACAAUGGAACUGUUUCAGAUUCACACCCGGGAGGCGUCAAUGCUUGGCGUCGACAAUGGCGGUGCAGCAGGUGGUUCCCCUGCUGCAGUGCCAGCGCGACCUGACACACCGCCACCGAAACCCAAGAAUAUGAUUGACACGUUCAAAUCGCCACCUUCUGCCACCAGCUCGUCUGCAAGUGUUCACUCACUCUCCGGCGGCAGACGUCCUGGCGUGGUUCACGCUAAGAGCAACACUCCGCAACAAGUAUCCAACAAUUCUGCGACUCGGUCUGACAGUUCAAGUGCUCUGUUCAGCCGGCGGACUACGCGAUCUCAUCUAGAUGAUCAGAACGUCGUGAACAACACCAGCUGAUGGUGUGCAUUGUCCAACUAGCCCUGUUGUGGAUGCAAGGACAGCACAACAGCAGAGUAGCCCUCAGCCAGGCGAUGUUCUGCCGUAUAGCCCUCAGCCAAAUGAUCUUUUGCCAUACAGCCCUCAGCCAGGUGAUGUUUUGCCAUACAACCCUCAGCCAGGCGAUGAUCUGCAGUAUAGCCCUCAGCCAGGCGAUGCUCUUCUGACCAUGCCGCUGCCAGGUGGUGUAGAUGACAUGUUAGAUCAUGCUGCAUCACCCCGUCAGGAGGUCCACAGCCCGCAUGCUGCAAGUGCUGCUGAAGCAGCUGCAGAGUUUCCGGACGUGCCGAGGCGGAAAAAGAGCUCAUUGCCCCCUAUCCGCCGAAGACCGCGAGCGUCCCGGGGUCAGCAAAGCAGUGACAUGGAGACGCCUCUACUGUAGGGGACCUCUGGAAACUGACAUUGCACUCUAUAUAACUGUUACAUGUGGUUCAUUAAAGGUACGUCGCCGGUACACACCAUGCCUGAAGUUUGGAGUGACUUUCCUGGUCAUAUAUCUGCCAGAGUAUGUGUGCUGUACAUACCCCCAUAUGCAGGACACACGGCUGCAUGACUUUUCUGGCAAGUGCAUGCCAUGAGAAUGCGAGGCGUGCGGAGUACGAUAUGCGUCCAGAGUUUUCGUUUGCCGCCCACAGCCACAGCUAGCAUUCGGACUUCAUUGCUCGGGAUCGGUGCCGACGAGAAGCCUUCAACGGUGCUCAACUGCCCAGGCCCUUGUGGCUCGGAGUAUCUUGGACAUGCAAAUGUGCAGUGCACAUUCCACUCCUUCAGAACACCAUUAUGGCUGAGUGCUCUAAAGAGGUGGGCUGGCGAUGCAUGAACAGAACACCAUACGUGAACACAAUCUCUGGCUGAACACUCAAAGCCAUACCAAGUGCGUCAUGCUUCCCGACUAACUUCAUGAUCGGGAUUAAUACUUGUAGCAUGCAUGGAGACGUCACAGGCGCGAGUGACGAUACCGAUGUAGGUUUCGCUCCAGUGCUGCCCGUUCAAGUCACCCUGAAAGGCAGAGCUGAUGUAUGCCCGC